UGUAAGGAUGGGUACCCCCCAAGUGUGAUUAAUAGAAAUACAGUGGAAUAGGGAGACCCUUCCACAGUCCUUCCAGUUGAUACCCUAGCCUCUCUUCUGACAGCUGUCAUUCCAGUUUAUGCCCCUCCUUGCCAGAGAGCAGGGAUCUACCUCAAACAAACCCAGCUGCGAGGGGCUCUUCCUGUGAGGACAACAGGAGCAGAAAAGCAGACAGACAACGUGGAGGCUGAUAAAGAAGAAAACCACUAGAGUAUCUCUGACUAUCAGUUCUCCUGUUAAUGAAACCUCUAACAUCAGAUCAAGUUAUUCUACCUUAGUUCAACCACUGUGUAUUGACCCCCAGAGGAUGCAGAGUCCCUGCAGCAGCCUGUUGGGAUCCACUUGUGUUGUAGCCCCUGUGUUCACCAAGGAUCUUCAAGAUAUCUCUACAACCAGAGGUCAGUUUGUCGUGUUUGAAUGCCGAGUCCAGGCCACAGCCGCAGUUCAAGUUCACUGGUACAGAGAGAAAGAGCAGAUAGCCGACUCAGAUGACUUCCGAAUUCUGAGAAAAAAAGCUUGUUUAUCAUCCAUUCCUGAGGAAGUGUGCACCUUAAUUAUCACAGAAGCAUUUCCUGAAGAUUCUGGAGACUUCAAGUGCAUUGCAGAAAAUGAGGCUGGGACUGCAGUCUCCACAGCAAGACUCUUUGUUUCUCCAGAAGGAAAAGUGGAGAAAUCAGAGGGUUCUCGAAAGUCACCCACAAGAAAAUUCCCUCCAAAACUGGUCUCCUUUCCCUGGAGCAGGGACAACCACACAAAGGAUAAAAAUCCAGACAAUACUCCAAUAAACCUUAUGCCAACUAUUCCUGAAACAGCCAGUCACAAUGAACAUGAGAUCCAGGUUCCAAAGGAGGAGUGCUGCACCAUCAGUGAAAAUUCCUCUGAGCUACAACCACAAUGGUAAGGGCAGACAGAC